CCAGUCUUGCUUGAACUCUCCAUUCCACACCAGAUACCCACACUUCAACAUCAAUACUUAAUUCAAUUCCCCUCGACUCAACUGUCAACCACACACCCCAUCCACCAUCAAGAUGCGUUUCACCUACAUUGCCACUGCUCUCUUCGCCGCCGGCGCUGCCAACGCCCAGGUUGACAGUGUCAUCGCCUCCCUCACCUCUGCCGUUGGCAACCUUCCCUCUGACGUCGCAUCCAACGUUGAGAGCCUUGCCAGCCGUGUCACCUCCGUUGGCGGUAGUGUCCCCUCGGCCGCCUCCAGCAUCGGUUCCCGAAUCACCUCCGGUGCUGCUGGCCUUCCCUCUGACGCUGCCUCGGCCGCCUCCAGCAUCCGCUCAAGCGCCAACGCCGCUGCCUCAUCUAUCCGCUCCGAGGCUGAGUCUGCUCUCAGUUCCGCCACAGCAUCUCUCGGCUCUGCAGCUUCCUCUGGUGCUUCCUCAACUGGCAGUCCCCAGGAGACUGGUGCUGCCAACCAGAACGCGCUCCCCGCCAUGGGUGCCGCUGCCGCUGGUAUCUUUGCUCUUGCCGGCCUCCUAUAAGUACUACUAGAUGGAUUCAAAGUCUUUUUGUCGGCAAAUCAUCUUCAUCAGCAUCAUAUUUCCCUCCGAUAGCUUCUUCCAUCGGCCAGCAAUGCUCAGCCAAGAGCUGACGUCGCUUUGUCUCAAACAAACGAGAUAUUAGGGAUAAGAAUGGGUUCAUGGCGAAACUGGGGUAUAUCCAGACGGUCUAUAUUAUAAUAUCAAGUCAUUUCAAUGGAAAUAUUCAAACCUCAUUUCCCUCCCUUA